AUGUCGACAUACAAACCCAAGACACUCGCCAACCACAUUGGUUCUGCUCCAGUCACAGAUCAUCCGUCUCAUAGACUUCUUCGCACAGCUAGCACCACAUCCUUUAAAACGAAUGAAACCUCUGAUAGUGGUGGAACUCAAGGCACGUUUUCCAAACGUGUCUAUCGCACAGGUUUAAAUAUCACUGACCGCGAUGGACAUCUCAAGAUGGAAGAGCAGUGUCGGUUUGAACCCGAGCAAGCUAGUAUGCUUCUUGCCAGUGCAUCGGAAAAGUACAUGUUUAAUCAACAAUCCAAUAGCACCUUGGAACAAAAGUUGGUGGAUGAUUUGUUUGAAUUGGCAUUGGAUGCUCGAAGUGAAACUAAACGAGCUCCAAUGCGGGCCUUGUCAAAAGAUAAAAAGAUAAUGAUUAUUCGCCAAAUGACGGCAAUGACGCAAAGUACUGCAAACACGACCGCAUCAAAAAAACCAGCAUAUUAUGUCGAUCAACUCAAUCAAGCUAUUUCUGGUCAAUCACAUGGAAAAAGUCAAGCCGAGCGGUUGGUUGAUAUGGUGACUCGGUCUAUUGCCGGAACAAACAGACAGAGCCAGGGUCUCAAAGAUAUUAUUCUUGAACUUAAAGUGCAGUGCAAUUGUCAAUCCAUGAGCUGGCUCAAGGAAUUCAUGGAGUGUGGUGGAUUAAACUGUUUGAUCAACGUUCUUUGUACCAUGCAUUCCAAAACGGGUCGUAAAACUAAGCACUUUGAAAUUGAGUCGGAAACUCUCAAGAUCUUGCGUCUUAUAGCCAAUCAUCAUAGUGGCAUAGCAGAUGUUCUUUAUCACCAAAACUAUCUCAACAUUUUAAUACAAUCGCUUGAUUCACCCAUGCUGUCAGCUCGAACAGCCACAAUGGAUUUCCUAUUAGCAAUUGUGACGCUGGAUUAUCCAAAAGGCCAUAAAUUAGUCAUGUCAGCCAUGAACGAUUUUCAAAAAAUCCGAAAAUUACCAAGAGUGUUUGACGCACUUGUGGAAGCACUUGUGCAAGCAGUGUCGUCGCGUGGAAUUUUUGGAAGUGCCGUGUGCGGUAGCCUAUCCACUUCACACACCACCACUACAAAUCAUCCAACCCACACGGGCUCAAACCAACAGACAUCUUCAGAUCUUGCAAGUCUUUUUACUCUCAACGUAUUUGAAAAGCACCGUCUUCCAACUGAAAAAGAUAUACGCGAGUUUCUUGUAUCCAUUAUUGCACUGAUACGAUUCAUAGUAGAGGUUCCAACAGAUUUUGAGUACAGAAUGUAUCUUCGAAACGAGUUUAUAUCUUCGGGAUUGGUGCCAGCAUUCACAAAAUUGAAAACAUGGGCCAAAACAGAGUUUUCUAGUGUGUUGCAGCACGUUGAUGCAUUUGAGCAGCUCAAGCAAGCAGAUUUUGAGUAUUUGGUUGAAUCUCUGGAUACAGAUUUAGAUGUGGAUAUCUAUGAUCCACAGCAACUGCUUGGUACGUUGCUUGUACAAUGCUGCGAUGCAGAUCGCAGAGGUAUUACCUCGAUUCUACAGCAUUUGUUGGUGGGCACAACGUUGAUGGAUGCAUCUUCAAGAUCCCAUAUGAUGUACGUCAUUGAGAGCGCUGUGAUGCAAAUUGUAUUGGACCAAAAUGGUACAACCGAUUUCACAGAUACAUUCAAAUACUCUAUGAGUCAAAUCAUCAAUGGGCUGCAAGAAAUUCAACGACUGGAUGACGAAAAUGCUAGAUUAACUGCAAUUUGCGAAUUGCAGGAGCAUGAGAUUGUUCGACUUCAGCAGAGUAGUAACAAUGUUCAGGAUGUAGUCUGUAGUACCAAACCGCCUAAAUCAGAAAAUAUAAAAACUGAGGGCGAUCCCAUCAAAUCUGAUAGUCAAGUCGCGGAUAUAUCUAGUAAAGAGUUGACACUGCAUCGAGAUGAACUAAUGCGCAUUCUUGAACUGCUUUCAGAUAAAAAACUUGUGCCAAAUACGCUCAAGACUUUGCAACCUACUAAUGACACGACUCUGCUUUUUCGCGGCGACUCUGAUGCCACUGUUGCUGUUGAAAGUCGCUCUUCAGUUUUCGAGGUACCAAACACUAUUCAGCCUAGUACGGACGUGUUGAUUGCUUCUGGUGGACCGCCACCACCACCUCCUCCUCCUCCACCACCUAUACCAGGUGGUUUGGGUUGUCCACCUCCUCCUCCUCCAGGAUGUGCAGCGCUUCCAGCAGCUCGAUUACCAAAAUACCGACCCAAGACUCAAGUGAGAAAAAUGCACUGGGAACGAGUGAUUUCAUCUUCGUUUUCAUCCGAUACUUUGUGGUCAAAAAUCAAAGCAAAAGACAGAGAUGCCGUUCAGGAUCUUUUAAACACCGAGGGAAUAUUUGCAGAACUCGAGUCCAUGUUUUCCAUUUCUGGAAAUAAAAACACGCGACUUUCUACUGCCUCGAGUGUUAAAAAAGAUGCACAUCAAGUCUCUCAGUCGGACACUCCAGCCCAUCUCAAGAUAUUUGAUGAAAAACGAGCGCAGAAUCUUAUGAUAUUCAUCAAGUCGCUUAAAACGUAUACCCCACAGACACUUAUAGCCGCCAUUAAGAAAUUUGACGAGGUGGGAUUAACAGAGGAGCUUGUUUCUCGCUGCAUUAAAUGUUAUCCCACUGAAGACGAAGCAAAAUUGCUUCAUUCAGUAAUGCAUCGGACAGAUUUACGACAGUCUGAGGAAUUUGCAACACGACUUAUGAAGGUGUAUCGAUGCAAGCAACGGCUAUCCAUCAUGAAAUUCAAACAUGUGUUGAACGAACAGUAUAAUCCUUUAAAAUUGGGACUUCUUAGCACUAUGGAAGCAUUCAGAGCAGUACUUCAAUCAUCGUCGCUGCCAAGAUUAUUGACAGUGAUAUUGGGGAUUGGCAAUUUCUUAAACUCGCAAAGUAAUCAACAGGCAUCUGGAUUUAGAGUGACAUUUUUGGACAAGAUUGUGGAUAUACGCAGUGUAAAUGGUGCAGGAUUGUCUGCUAUACAAGUGCUGGCAAAAAUAGCUCGGACAAGUAUGCCCGACUUGGUAGAUGUGGUCAAUGAUCUUCGUAUGCUGGAUCAAGUCAAUCCAUCCAUGUUGGCGGUUUUUGAUACGGAUGUCAAGGAAAUGCAGCAGGGUUUAAGAUUGAUCCAAACAGAGUUAAAGUUUACAACUGCAGGCGAUGGAGAUGCUGGAAAGUCCAAAUACGAGCAAAGUGAGGGGUAUGAUCCUGAAUUGGACGGGGUGUUUGUACACAAACUGGGCGAGUGGAGCUUGGAAGUAGAGAAAAAAAUCAAAUUCUUGGAGACCGAAUUGAUGACUCUAAACGAAACCAUCAAGGCCACGUUUAGGUAUUUUGGUGAACCAGAUAAUUCAAAAAUGGGUGCAGACGAAUUGGUUACCACGUUGACCAAGUUUUUAAAAGGGUUCGAGAUUGCAUUGAAAGAUAUGGAUAAAAUUCUGGCAGCACCCAAAGACACAUCAACACAGCCAGCUAAACCAUUGGAUUCUGUAUCGACACCAGAGCAACUCACAUCAAACUCUGCACAAAAAGUGAUACCUCAACUUCCAGUGAUUGAAGGAAUUGGCCAUAUGGAUUCACUUCUUGAUAGCCUUAAAGCACGUCCAGCUCUUAACCUCAAAGAAACCGUGAAACGACCCAAACGACGCGAUCCGGCAGAUUUACCACAACGGCUACGAUCACCACUUUUACCUAGAUCUGUUGUUGGAGUGUCAGAGUCUGGAGGUGGUGGACCAAAGCGGGUUGGAUCUAUUACAAUGCUAGGUGAAACGGCUUUGGAGCUGUUGGGUGCUCUUGAAGCUUCUUCACCGUCUUUAAAGCCUAGAAAGUAUAAUGGAUUAGCCACUGGAAAUGAUAAAGUUCGGUUGAAAUGA